ACACAGUGAUAAUUACAUAAUGAAAGCAUGUAAAACUGCUAGAUACACUAGAUAGACAACACCAUUUUCACUUUAGUUCUCAUAGUGUAUAAAUAGUGCGGGGGUUCAGUGCAGUGCACACAAUCUAAGCUAAGCACACAAAGUGAAUGUCCAUGUUAUGUUGAGUAGAAUGUUACCGAUAGAGCACCUAAGAUCAAGACUAUUGAAGAGGAAGUUCUCUCCAGCCACUAGCAGUGUCAAGGAGUCCUCCAUCUCUAACUCGGUGGCAGGGCUGGACCCCCAGCAGCGGUGCAGUGCGGGUGGUCACUUUAUGUGGAAUGAAGCUAGGAGGACACACUCUGAUCCCACUCCAUUAAGAGCAGCCAGUGAUGCAGCAGAGGCUGCUGGUAGAGACACAGACACACUCAGGGAAGAGGUCACUGAAGAAGAUGAUGAUGUCUUCUAUGACACAGAUUAUGGCUUCCCCUUUGUCAAUGAGUGCUAUAGUGAAGUGUCCACUCUCCAGCGAGUGAACAAGUGGGUGUGGUCAACCACCCUAGGAGAGGAUGUGUACGCAGCGUGGGAGGAGUGGAGGGUACCCCACACAGAGCUACAGCUGGAGAGAGUCCCCCUGACUACCACCAGCAGGGAAGUCAUUUACAGUGGACUCUGGCACGGUAGAGUGGCUGUUCGGACCAGGGAGGCGAGGGAUGUGAGUGACCUGUCCUGCUUCCUCCAAGAGGUACUAACUCUAAGUUACAUGAGACACCAGAACAUCCAGCUGUUCAUGGGGGCAGCCAUUCAGCCUGGGGCAACCCAUCCACUCAUACUCAUCAUGAGUGAGGUCAGAGGUCACAGUCUCCACACCCGCCUGUACUUGUUUGGUCACGCAUUCACCUAUCACUCGAAACUACAAAUACUGAAUCAGAUUGCUGAGGGCAUGGCGUACCUGCAUGCUAAGACCAUACCUCACGGUCUACUCACCUCCACCCACAUCUCACUCACUUGCCGAGUGUGCAUUUCUCUCGCCCCCCGACAACCCAAACCCCAGAUCUACUACCCCCCAGAGCUCUCCUACCUACCUCCAGAAUACAUUCGUACCCUCCACAUCACUACCCCCUCGCUACCUGUGACCAUGAGAGCCCCCUCAGUCCGCCUCUGGAGGGAGGGGGGCAGGAAGGACAUGUUCCAGGCCGACGUUUUUGCAUUUGGGACACUAGCGUACGAGCUCGAGACUUUGAAACUACCCUUCCACUGUGUUGCCAUGGAGACGCUUAUCCUCCGAGUGGGUAGGGGGGAGUGUCAAUCGCUGCAGCUGCUCAAACGACGUCACCUGGCCACCAUCAUAGAGAGCUGCUGGAAACACACACCCCACCACCGACCAUCAUUCGCAAACCUUGUGAAGGACCUAGAGCAAAAUGUUGUCAUGACGAUCCCCCCUUCUAUCACCAGAAGUAGGUCCAUGCCAACUUUACUAACUUCAUAGCUAGCUACUUUAUAUUCACGCACAUUAAUAAUUAUAUUUCAAAUUAUAUCAAUUCAUUUUCAAGUAA